AUGCUUGAUGGGAAGAAGUAUCUUCUAGUGCUCGAUGAUGUGUGGAACGAAGAUACCUUAAAAUGGUCUAACCUGAAGAAUAUGUUGAUCAGUGGAGCCAAGGAAAGGAAGAUUUUAGUGACUACUCGCUCAGACAUGGUGGAGGAAGUUUCAGGAAGUGUUCACCAACAUAAAUUAGGAGACCUUUCAAAUGAAGAUUCAUGGACAUUGUUUGAAAAAUGGGCAUUUGAAUCUAACAAAGAGAAUAAAAAUUCAAAUCUGGUGGAAAUAGGAAAGGAAAUUGUGAGGAAGUGUAGAGGAGUUAUUCUUGUAAUAAGAUUUGAUUUGAUUGACAUGUGGAUUACUCAAGGCUUUAUUCAAUCAAUUACUAGCUACACAUACAAUACGGAGGACGUUGCAUAUUCAUAUUUCAUGGAUUUGUUAAGAAGGUCAUUCUUUAAAGAAGAUGAACUUUUUCCGCAUCUUUACAAAAUGCACGAUCUUGUACAUGAUCUCGCAAAAGAAGUUAUAUAUGGGGAGUUUUUCAGUAUCAUUAAAGAAAAAGAUACAGUGAUUCUCCCUGAUCAAACUCUCCAUGCUUCUUGUUUAUUCAAGAUUGAUGAUUCAUUGGCAUUUCCUAAUUCAUUCUAUAAGAAGCAUAGAAAGUUACAGACAUUUAUUUACGUAUAUGAGGAGUCUCUAUACAGUGUCAUGAGCAAUUCAACUUUAGAAAGAAUGAUUUCAAAUUUCACACAUUUGCGCAUUCUACAUCUACGUCAUAUGCAGAUAGAAUUUCUUCCUCAAUCUUUAGGUGGACUAAAGCAUCUAAGAUAUCUUGCUAUUUUUUCUUGUAAUAUUGUUAGUUUACCAAAUUCCAUCACAAAAUUGCAUAAUCUACUAAUUUUGAAGUUGACUAAUUGUAUUACUCUAAAAAAUUUGCCAAGAGAUAUUUGGAGAUUGGUGAGCCUUCGACAUUUGAUAUGUAAAGGCUGCAAAUCAUUAACCCAUAUUCCACCAGGACUUUGGCAGUUUCCAAGUCUCAUGCACUUGGAUUUUACUAAUUGUUCUUUCCUGGAAGAUAUGCCACCUGGAAUUGGCCAAUUGACGUCUCUAUGGACGUUGACAAGUUUUAUCAUAGGGAAGGAAAGUUGCAUGUCAGGUCUGGCAAGUGACAAGUUGAAUGGACUUAAAGACCUUGUCGAUCUCAGAAAUAGCUUACACAUUAAUUUCAGGGGGCUAGCCCAUGCAAUUGGAGAUAGAAUACCGACAAAUAUAGUGAAAAUAAUGAAACAUCUUCGAAAGUUGACCGUAGCGUUCAAUGAAUAUGGAAUUCAUGAGGAUCUGAUAAAGUUGGAAGCCCUACAACCUCACCAAAACAUUGAAAUCUUGGAAAUAGUAAAUUACAGUGGGUCAAGGUUUCCAAGUUGGUUGAUGGUUGAGAAUCUUGGCUUUUUGCUUCCUAAGCUUGUUUAUCUAUAUAUAAAAGAUUGCCAUAUAUGCAAAAAGAUUCCACCACUGUGA